UUCUACGUAAUGGUAGGAACUUGGGAGUUUUCCUUCGGACACUGAGUCGCUUAAAUUACUGACAGCUUGUCCCGAAACUGCCGCAAACGCGUUGAUUUUCUAGAUAUAUUGUCAGGAGGUGUGGGGCUAGCAAGAAUUCAGCUUGUUAUGGUCGGGGACACGACAUGUCAGAGGAAGAAAGUCUAAUUGUGCCAUCUUUUCUUGAAGACGUCAGAGUCAAGUUCGUCGGGGAGAAAGUGUGUUUUCUAUUGCAGCUGCAGAGAAAAACAUGGGAGCAGAGUGCUGCAGUCGGAGAGUUUCAAGCACUGCUCCAGGACUUCUUCCAGAAACAGACAAUCCUAUAUUUCUCAUCAACCAACAAACAAUGUGUGCUUGCUUCAAAUGAGGUCCUACCUGUUGCUGCUCAAAGCAGACAAAUCUACAUUCUCAAGAAGAGACCUGCUUCUAUUGACGCUGAGAACUACAGGAGGCUUCUGAAUUUUGGUCUCCUGUCUUCAUCGCCUCUGCUGCAGCUAUCAGGUGCUAUACAACAGGUAUGUGGCCCACUACUGACCAAUGGCAAAAAUCACCCCAUCUGGCCAACUUUGAUUUCUGAAGACAUCAGUCGACAUGUAGAGAGCAUGUGCAGUAUGACAUCCGUUGUACGAGGGCAGGUUUUAGGAAAAACUGUCCUCCCUAUUCCAACGACAACGGGCUGGAUGGAAAAAUCCUACAACACAUUUAAAAUGUAUGAAAACUAUGACAGGACUUUGGCUCAUACCAUUGAGACCCAGGUUAUCAUCUGGAGCAGUUUGAUUCAGAAAAUCUUAAACCAGGACUCAUCAGACCUCCUACAGACAGGCUGCAACCCAGAGCCUGGUGUAGAAAUCAGGUUUUGGGCUUCCAGAAAGAGCAAUCUUGAGGGUAUUCAUCAUCAGCUACAGAGUCCCAGUGUUGAAAUCAUGGCGAGAGUUUUGGAGGUGAUGGACAGCAGCUACCAUCCAGCUAUCAGCACUCUAAUAGGAAAUGUGUCUAAUGCCCUUAAAGAGGCCCAGGACGUUGACCUGUAUCUACAGCCACUAGACGCACAGUUGUCUCAGUUGAAAAAUAAUGGAUUUAUUGAUAUGGAGAAAUGCACCCCUGCGGUUUUUCAUACACUAUUCCUCAUCUGGACCAACUGCCAGUAUUAUCAGAGACCGGCUCGCAUCGUGGUGUUACUACAGAAACUCUGCAAUCUGUUCAUUGAGCAGGCUUCUGCAUACCUCCCUGACGAUCUGCUACACAGAGAGGAUACAGAGGACAGUCUGCUAAUAAUAAAGAAGGUAGUGAAAGCUCUCCGAUGUGUCAGAGAGAGUUACCAGGCCCAGAAGGAGAAGCUAGCCAGGCAAAAGAGUUAUCCGCCUUGGGAUUUCCCAUCUGCCAUGGCUUUUUCACGUUACAACCAAUUCAUAAAUCGCAUGCUUCAGCUGGAGAACUUGUUUGAAACUAUGUUGGAAUUCCAAAUGAUGGAGAAGCUAGAGCUCGGUGGCAUUAGAGGAAGGUUCUACAGUGAGCAAGUAGCCAAGAUACACAAUGAGUUCACCAACCACUGCCAGGUGUUAAAGUACAGUAAAUACAAUCCACUUGACCUCACCUCUCAGGCUUUUGAAGAUGAUUAUAACACUUUCAAAAGACGAAUUGCAGACUUUGAACUUCGCCUUGCCAACUUGCUUUGUUUGGCUUUCAAGGAUUGCGCCGGACUGGAAUCAGCUUUAAAAAUGCUAACAAUUGUUGCGCCCUUUCUGGAAAGAAGUCAAAUCCGACAGUUGUUUCGUCCAUCCUUUAUUCUACUUCAGCAGCAUUUCAAGGAAGAGCUGGAUAAUUGUAAAUUUAUGAUUAAAUCUCAGCUCAAUCCGGUGGACAGUGGUGUGAUGAAGAAUAUGGCACACACAUCUGGAGUUUUAAAGUGGGCAAAAAUGCUCAAAGAACGCAUUGAAACACCAUGGGAACAAUUCAGAUUAUUGUUCAAUAUGUCUGCACAACAUGUAGAGAUGGUGAAUGUGUACAGUACUCACAGGGACAUGGUGAGUCUCUUGGACCAAUAUGAAGAGGAUAUUUACAGUGACUGGUGUAAUGGCUUGGAACAGACUUGCCUGAUCAACCUCAACCAGACUCUGAUUUCAAGAAAUCCCACAUCUGGACUGAUCUCAGUCAACUUCAAUCCAAAGCUUGCUGAAAUCUUGAAAGAUGUCAAGUACAUCCACACGCUCGGUAAGAAAACCAUUCCUAUGGCGGCAAUAACCGUUUUCGACAAGCGUGACAUUUUCACAAAGUAUCUGAACAGUUUACAGCUGGUGGUACAAUGUUACAACAAGUUAAAGACGACCAUGUUGGAGGUGGAACUUCCUCUCGUCAGAGCUGAGCUGGUCUCCAUAGACUUGCAGCUAGCAAAAGCAGAGACCAGCCUGACAUGGCAGGAUCAGGAUUGCUGGAGGUUCAUUCAAAGCACAAAGAACCUGGUCCAAGACCUUGCAUAUCGAGUCAGCAGAGCCAAGGAAAACUCUGAUACAAUUCAAUCAAUGAUAAAGGAUUGGAGCAAGAGGGCCAUGUUCUGCAGAAAGGACAACAAGAAAGGCUCCCUUAUCCAACUGGAGAGCAAGCUGGACUAUGUAAGCAGGAAGUACAACUCCAUGAAGAGGGAUGGGGAAUUUUUUCAUCAGCUGAUACAGGAGAAUAUGGUCCUUUUUCAUGCUGAUCCUGCUUCAGAAGGAUGGCGGUCCUACCUGGAAUAUAUGGAUGAGUUGGUUGUUGAAGGGCUCUUCAGAUACAUCAACCACUCUCUUCAGUUCUUUGUGGACAAUAUGGAAAUUUGGCCAUCUCAGCCUCCUCUGUUUGAAGCCCAGUUAUUGCUGAAUGGUUCAGUUUUAGGUUUUAGUCCUUCAGUUGACCGAGACGCAGGAGACGGUCUCUAUGAACUGGUGGAAGGACUGAUUGGAGACGUAUUCAAGUCUUCGAUGUAUAUCCAGAGGGUUGCUGGUCAUCUUGGCAUGGAAACCUAUCAGGAUAUCAUGGACGACAUUCCAGAUUUAUCAAACCUGAGGCAGCAAAUAAUGGCUAAAGUGGAGAGUGUUCUUCGGAAAAUGGAAAAUUACCAGAAACAGUUUGAUUGCUACACCCACCUAUGGCAGGAUGACAGAACAGAGUUCCUCAGGCAGUUUCUCAGAUACGGUCAUGGUCUUUCAGUAGAGGAGCUGGAGGCCUGUAGAGCAGAUGUGCUCCCUGAAUCCCCCCCUACAACCAAGAACUUCAAAGAACAGAUUGAUUAUUACGAGAAACUGCAUGCUGAAGUGUGUCAACUGGAAGACUUUAGAGUGUUUGAUGGGUGGCUUCGAGUGGACUGCAGGUUCUUUAAAGUCAGUCUUCAAAACGCAAUUAAAAUGUGGAGCUGGCUUUUUAAAGAGCAUCUCUUGACAUAUGUGAUGAACAGUCUUGAAGAGCUGCAGACAUUUCUCCAAGUUGCUGUCAAGGGGUUGAACAGUCCUGUUGUCAAAAGAGACCACCAAGGUUUUAUUGAUGUUAUGACCCAUCUGUUGGCUGUCAGAGACAGACAAAGUGCCAUUGAUAUGAUGUUUGAACCUCUUAGAGGCAAAAUAGUCUUGCUAGAACGCUAUGGUAUGACAAUACCUGAACUUUUCUACACUCAAAUGGAGGAACUCCCAGAAAAAUGGACUGAAGUAAAAAAACUGGCCUUGAAAGUGAAGAAUGAAGUUGCUCCCAAUCAAAGUGCUGAAGUGAUAGUUUUGAGAACAAAAUGCAUGGAUUUUGAGGUAAAACAAGCCAAAUUCAGGGAGAGGUUCAAAGCAAACACACCCUUCAGUUACAAUACACUGAAUCCCUAUUCUAGUCUGGAGAAAUCAGAAAAAGCCAUCCGAGAUAUGGAGAGAGAAGUAGCAGAGCUACAAGAGUCCACAAAUCUGUUUGAUGUAACUAUUCCUGACUACAGAGACAUCAAGCUCUGUCGACAGGAAAUCACUGUCCUGAAAGAACUCUGGGACAUUGUGAUAUAUGUGCAGAGCACUGUUGAAAACUGGACAAAGACCAAAUGGAGGCAGAUAAACGUGGAGCAGAUGGAUGCAGAAUUGAGGAGCUUUGCCAGGGACAUGCGGAAGCUUGACAAAGACGCACACUUUUGGGAUGUGUAUGUGGGAUUAGACCUGUAUGUAAAAAAGUUGUUGACAUCAUUGCGUGUUGUGAGUCAACUACAGAGCCAGGCAAUACGAGAGCGCCACUGGAUGCAGCUGAUUAGAACAACAAAGGUUGACUUCACUGUAUCUGACACAACCACCUUGGGGAAUCUUUUGGCUCUGCAGCUUCAUUUAUUUGAAGAUGAAGUCAGCAUUAUAGUGGAUAAGGCAGUCAAAGAAUUGGCUAUCGAAAAGAUUAUAACAGAAAUAAGCCAAGCAUGGGGAUCAAUGGAGCUUUCAUAUGAGGAACAUUACCAGACCUCUCUGCCACUACUUACAUUUAAUGAGGACCUUAUUGAAAUACUUGACGAUCAUCAGAUUCAGCUCCAGAAUGUCAUUCAGAGCAAGCAUGUGGCUCACUUCUUAGACCGGGCACUGCAGCUGCAACAUCAGCUCACCGCUGCUGAUUGUGCGCUAACUAUUUGGAUGGAGGUCCAAAGAACAUGGGUUCACCUUGAAAGCAUCUUCAAAAGCUGCGAUGACAUCCACCGACAAAUUCCUGACGAUGCUUUAAAAUUCCAAAAAAUAGAUGCUGAAUAUCAGGAGUUAAUGCUGGACAGUGCUAAUACUACAAACCUUAUUGAGGCCACCAACAAGCAACAUCUGUUUGAAAAAUUAGAGGACUUGCAAAAAAGGCUGGCUGUAUGUGAAAAAGCUCUUGCUGAAUAUCUGGAGACCAAGAGAAUUGCAUUUCCCCGAUUCUACUUUAUUUCAUCUGCAGACUUGUUGGACAUCCUCUCCAAAUGGAGUCGCCCAAAGGAGGUUGCUGUUUAUCUCCCAAAACUGUUUGACAGCAUGUCAGAUCUUGAGUUUAACACAAGCGGUGUGCUGCACAAUCCUAAACAUGCUUUGGGCAUGUACAGCAAAGAGAGAGAGUAUGUCCAGUUCCAAACUGAUUGUUUCUGUAAUGGACGGGUGGAAGAGUGGCUCACCCGUCUGGAGGAAUCUAUGAGGAACUGCAUCAAGGUUCACCUGUCUGAAGCCGUGUCUGUUUAUGAGGACAGAUCCAGAGAGCAGUGGAUUCUUGAAUUCCCCGCUCAAAUUGCUCUCACCGGAUCACAGAUCUGGUGGAGCAAUGAUAUGGAGCUUGUUUUUAAACGACUUGAAGAAGGAUUUGAGUCGGCAUUAAAAGACUACAACAAGAAACAGGUCUUCCAACUCAACAUUCUCACAGAAAUGCUCCUUGGUGAGCUGAGUCCUGGUGACAGACAGAAGAUCAUGAGUGUCUGCACUGUUGAUGUCCAUGCUAGAGACAUUGUUGCCAGACUCAUUGACCAAAAGGUUGAUUCAGAUCACUUAGAGAAAGUCACCAACUCGCUGGCAUUCCAGUGGCUUUCCCAACUUCGACACUGCUGGAAUGAGAAGCUGCAACGAUGCUAUGUCAACAUCUGUGAUGCUCAGUUCCUUUACUCAUACGAGUAUAUUGGAAAUACUUCUCGUCUGGUCAUCACUCCCCUCACAGACCGGUGCUACAUCACAUUGACUCAAUCACUCCACCUGAACAUGAGUGGAGCCCCAACAGGCCCUGCUGGAACAGGGAAAACGGAGACUACAAAGGAUCUCGGCAGAGCCAUGGGCGUCAUGGUGUACAUCUUCAACUGUUCUGAACAGAUGGACUACAAGUCCAUGGGAAACAUCUACAAGGGUCUUGCACAGACUGGAGCAUGGGGCUGCUUUGAUGAAUUCAACCGUAUCCCUGUGGAUGUCUUGUCCGUUGUCGCAGUUCAGGUCAAAACCAUUCAAGACGCUGUUCGUUCUAUGAAGAAAUCGUUCUUGUUCCUCAAUCAGAAUAUUGCCUUAAAAAAAUCCAUUGGGAUUUUUAUCACUAUGAACCCAGGCUAUGCUGGGAGGGCUGAGCUACCUGAAAACGUCAAGGCCCUUUUUAGACCUUGUGCCAUGGUGGUGCCUGACACUGAGCUUAUUUGUGAGAUCAUGUUGGUGGCAGAAGGCUUCCGUAGUGCUAAGCUUUUAGCCAGGAAGUUUACUACACUCUACAGCCUCUGCAAAGAGUUACUUUCUAAGCAGGACCAUUAUGAUUGGGGUUUGCGUGCUGUCAAAUCUGUUCUGGUUCUGGCCGGUUCUCUGAGAAGAAAAGACAAAACGAGACCAGAAGAUCAGGUGUUGAUGCGUGCACUGCGGGACUUCAAUAUGCCUAAAAUUGUGACAGAGGACAUGACGGCCUUCCUGGGACUGCUUGGGGACCUGUUUCCAGGCCUGGAAGUUGAGAGAGAAAGAAACUUUGAACUUGAGAAGGUCAUCAGAGAAUCGACUGUGCAACUUGGACUGCAGCCCGAGGAAACCUUUAUCCUAAAGGUAGUACAGCUGGAAGAACUCAUGGCAGUUCGUCACUCUGUUUUUGUCAUUGGAAGUGCUGGAACUGGAAAAAGCAAGAUCCUGAGAGUUCUUCAUAAAACAUAUGUAAAGCUAAGAUGGAAGCCAGUCUGGAAUGACCUCAAUCCAAAGGCGAUUGACAGGGAUGAACUUUUUGGAUUCAUUCAUCCUGCAACUCGGGAGUGGAAAGAUGGUUUGCUUUCAUCACUGAUGCGGCAGCAGGCAAACAUCUCCCACCAUGGGCCUAAGUGGAUUGUGUUGGAUGGAGACAUUGAUCCAAUGUGGAUUGAAUCACUCAACACAGUGAUGGAUGAUAACAAGGUCCUGACACUAGCCAGUAAUGAGCGUGUGCCUCUCACCCUUUCCAUGAGGCUUGUGUUUGAAAUCAGUCAUCUUAAGAUGGCCACACCUGCUACAGUGUCUAGAGCAGGAAUUCUUUAUGUUAACCAACAGGACUUAGGCUGGAACCCGUACGUCACAAGCUGGAUUGAUAGACGGGAGCGACAGACAGAACGUGCUCACCUGAUGAUACUGUUUGAUAAAUAUGUUCCUCGUUGUCUCGAGCAGAUGAAGAGCAGUUUUAAAACCAUAACUCCUAUCCCAGAGAACUCCAUGAUACAGACACUGUGCACUUUGCUCGACUGCCUUUUAACUGCAGAAAAUAUUUCUGCUGACUCUCCUCGUGAAAUCUAUGAGACGUAUUUCACCUUUGCUUGCAUCUGGGCUUUUGGAGGAGCCCUCUAUAAAGAUCAGCUGCAUGAUUACCAGGUGAAGUUCAGUCAGUGGUGGACCAAAGAAAUGAGGACAGUUAAGUUCCCCACACAAGGAACGGUUUUUGACUACUACCUUGACCACCAGACCAAACGCUUUCUGCCCUGGAGCGAUAUUGUACCAAGCUUUGAAGUGGAAAACCACACACCAUUACAGGCUGUUGUGGUGCACACAGCAGAGACCAUGCGUCUUAGCUACUUCGUGGACUUAUUGCUGGAGAGGAGGCAGCCGGUGAUGCUUGUGGGGAACGCUGGAGUGGGAAAGACUGCACUUGUCAGAAACAAGUUAGACACUCUGUCAGAGAGUUACACAACCUCAAAAGUACCCUUCAACUACUACACCACCUCCCUCAUGUUGCAAGAGAUUUUGGAGCAGCCAUUAGAGAAAAGAGCAGGAAGAACCUACUCACCUGCAGGCAACAGGAGGCUGGUCUAUUUUAUAGAUGACAUGAACAUACCAGCUGUUGAUAGCUACGGAACAGUGCAGCCUCAUGCUCUUAUACGUCAGCAUCUGGAUUUUGGUCACUGGUAUUGCAGACAGAAACUGACUUUAAAGGAAGUGCAAAAUACCCAGUAUGUUGCAUGCAUGAAUCCAACUGCUGGGAGCUUCAUCAUCAACCCCAGAUUACAGAGACAUUUCUCAGUGUUUGCAGUAAACUUCCCUUCGCCAGAGUCUCGGGCAUCAAUCUAUGGUCAGAUCUUGUGUGGGCAUUUAAAACAAAGAGCUUUCAGUCAGUCGGUCCAGAAAACUGCUGCUGCUGUUGUUCGAGCUCUCAUGACUCUUCAUGACAAGAUGGUUCAGAGUUUUGUUCCCACAGCAAUCAAGUUUCACUACAUAUUUAAUCUUCGAGACAUGUCAAACGUCUUUCAGGGUGUCCUUUUAGCUGGUCCACAGACUGUGAGGGACAGCGCUGACCUGGUGGCAUUGUGGCUGCACGAGUCCUGUAGAGUGUAUUCAGACAGACUGGUAGACAUGAAGGACCUGCAACUUUUCCAGAAGAUCCAAAUGGAGACUGUGCAUGAAUGCUUUGAGGGCCUGGAAGAUAAAAAAGUGGACAAACAGACCCUACUCUAUUGCCACUUUGCCAACAUGGACAGAGGUCAUUCCUAUGCCCCUUUCAAUGACUGGUCUAUGCUUAGGGCCAUCCUCAUUGAGGCCUUGAAAAGCUACAAUGAGCUCUAUCCAACUAUGAACCUUGUGCUGUUUGAAGAUGCCAUACAACAUGUCUGUCGCAUCAGCCGUAUCCUGGAGGCUCCGAGGAGCCAUGGCCUACUGGUGGGAGUGGGGGGCAGCGGAAAGCAGAGUCUGACUCGCCUCGCUUCCUACAUGUCUUCUGUGGAAGUCUUCCAAAUCACACUGAGAAAGGGUUACAGCAUCCAGGACCUCAAUACGGACCUUGCUGGGUUAUUACUAAAGGCUGGAGUAAAGAAUCAUCGUGUGACUUUGCUUCUGACAGAUGCACAGAUACCUGAUGAGCGAUUUUUAGUCAUUGUUAAUAACAUACUGGCAUCAGGUGGAAGUCCAGAGAUCUUCUGUGAGGAUGAGAUUGAACACAUUGUGUCAAGUGUGAGAAGAGAGGUGCGCAGCCUCGGACUGCUGGAUGACAAGGAGAACUGCUGGAGAUUCUUUACACACCGAGUGCAACAACAACUCACGGUAGUACUGUGUAUGUCUCCUGCUGGCAACGCCCUGCGUGUCAGGGCCCGUCGGUUCCCGGCUCUCAUUAACUGUACAACCAUCGACUGGUUUCAUCCUUGGACAACUGAGGCUCUGCAGUCGGUGAGCUACAGGUUCGUCCAUGAAAUUGAUGGAAUUGAGCCUGCUGUCCAGGAAUCCAUCAGUCUUUUCAUGGCCUACGUUCACAACAGUGUCAACCAGGCAAGUGAAAAAUACCUGCGAAAUGAGAAGAGGUACAAUUACACCACCCCCAAGAGCUUUCUCCAGCAAAUCACCUUGUACAGAAACCUGCUGGAGAAAAGCCGGGCUCAGCUUCAGCACAAAAUGAACCGACUUGACACUGGCCUUCAGAAACUCCAAAGCACUGCUGCACAGGUUGAUAAUCUGAAAGCAAAAUUAGCAUCGCAAGAGUCUCAGCUUACAUUAAAAAAUGAAAAUAUUGGAGCCCUUUUAACAAAAAUUGGGUUGCAAACAGAGAAAGUGAGCAAGAAGAGAGAGGCAGCAGAUGUGGAAGCACAAAAGGUUGCUGUCAUGCAGGCAGAAAUUGCUGUCAAACGGAAGGAUUGUGAAAAUGACCUCACUAAAGCAGAGCCCUCUUUGACAGCUGCAGUGGAAGCACUAAACACCCUCAAUAAGGUUAAUCUUACUGAGCUCAAGGCUUUUCCAAACCCUCCAGCUGCAGUAACCAAUGUUGCAGCCGCUGUCAUGGUCUUGCUGGCCCCUCAUGGCCGCGUACCUAAGGAUCGGAGCUGGAAGGCGGCACGGGCCUUCAUGGGCAAGGUGGAUGAUUUUCUACAUGCCCUGGUGUCAUAUGACAAAGAGCACAUUCCUGAGUCCUGCCUGACUGUGGUGAAGCAACAGUAUUUGAGAAAGCCAGACUUCCACCCUGAUCUAGUUUGGACCAAAUCUACAGCUGCAGCUGGACUUUGUGCUUGGACUAUUAAUAUUGUCAGAUACUAUGAGAUUUAUUGUGAGGUUAUCCCAAAACGCUCUGCAUUAUCACAAGCUAAUACAGAGCUGGAAAUGGAAACAGCCAAACUGUUGGUACUUCAAAAAAAACUGGCGGAUCUUGAUGCCAACCUCCAAAGCCUGACAGCUCAGUUUGAAAGAGCUACAGCUGAGAAAAUCAGUUGUCAGGAGGAGGUGACACAAACCACCCAGACCGUAGAGCUGGCCAACCAACUCGUCAAAGGCCUAAUGGAAGAAAAGGAACGCUGGUCCCAAGCUAUUAUCCAGUACAAGAAACAGCACAAAACUCUCUGUGGUGACGUCCUCCUCGCCUCAGCUUUCAUCUCGUAUUUGGGUUAUUUUACGAGCCAGUAUCGUGUGGAGCUUUUCAAAAAUUCUUGGGUACCUUUCCUUCAGUCACAGAAGGUCUCUGUGCCCCUGACAGACGGCCUGGAUCCGAUCCUCAUGCUUACAGAUGAUGCCACUGUGGCAGCCUGGCACAACCAGGGCUUGCCAAAUGAUAGAAUGUCUACUGAAAAUGCAGCCAUCCUGACCACCAGUGAGCGUUGGCCACUCAUCAUUGAUCCACAGCAGCAGGCCAUCAAGUGGAUCAGAAACCGACUGAAGCCAGAGCUCAGGAUGGUGCGACUGGGACAGAAAGGGUAUAUCGAAGUUAUUGAACAAGCUCUUGUCUGUGGAGAAACCGUCCUGAUAGAGAAUCUCCCAGAAAAGGUAGACCCAGUCCUGGAGAAUCUUCUGGGAAAAAGAACAAUUAAAAGAGGAAGGUGUAUUCUUAUUGGGGAUAAGGAAUGUGAGUACAACAAGAACUUUCAACUCAUUCUGCACACCAAGCUGGUCAAUCCACACUUCCCUCCUGAGCUCCAGGCCGAGGCCACCCUCAUUAACUUCACGGUGACGCCUCAGGGCCUGGGCGACCAGCUGCUGGGACAGGUAGUCUCCAGUGAGAGACCUGACCUGGAAAGUCUAAUGAUGGAGCUCACCAUGCAGCAAAACCACUUCAAAAUUGAGCUCAAGAAGUUUGAAGAUGACCUACUGAGUCAUUUGUCUGCAGCCGAUGGGAGUUUUCUGAGCGACAAUUCUCUGGUAGAGCAACUUGAAAACACCAAGCGCAUGGCAACUCACAUUCAAUCCAAGGUGGUGGAGGCCAGAGAGAACGAGACAAAGAUCAACGAGGCUCGAGAACUAUACCGCCCAGCAGCUGAGAGAGCGGCACUCCUCUUUUUUAUCAUCAAUGACCUCAGCAAGAUUAACCCCAUGUACCAGUUUUCUCUCAAGGGCUUUAACCUGGUGUUUAACAAAGCAAUGGAGCAUGCACAAUGGGAUGAGGAUGUGAGGACCAGGGUAUGCACCCUCACUGAGGCCAUCACCCAUUCUGUAUUCCUGUAUACCAGCCAGGGCCUGUUUGAGAGAGACAAGUUAACCUUCUUGUCACACACUGCCUUCCAGAUUCUCCUCUCUCAGGGUUUGAUUGAUCCCCAGGAAUUUGAGUUCCUGCUUCAUUUCCCAGUGCAAACUACAAACUUCAGUGCUGUGUCGUUCCUCUCUCCACAUAGCUGGGGGGCCAUUAAGACAAUCUCUGCAAUGGAGGAAUUCAGUGGACUCGACAAAGAUGUGGAAAACUCUGCAAAACGCUGGAAGAAGAUUGUUGAAUCCAGCUGUCCUGAGAAUGAAAAGCUCCCGCUAUACUGGAAGAAUAAGAGCCCCCUUCAGAAGCUCAUCAUCCUGAGAGCACUCAGACCUGACAGGCUAACCUAUGCAGUGAAGAAAUUUGUGGAAGAAAGCAUGGGAACUAAAUAUGCAGAAAGCACCAGGCUGGAAUUAGAAAAAUUAUUUGAGGAUAGCACUCCUUCAACCUCCAUGUUCUUCAUUCUCUCACCUGGAAUGGAUCCACUAAGAGAUGUUGAAAAACUAGGUUUAAAGCUGGGAUUUUCCAUUGACCGGGGAACUUUACACAAUGUGUCUCUGGGACAGGGGCAGGAGGAGGUAGCAGAGAGGGUUCUCAGGAACGCCUCCAAACAGGGACAUUGGGUCAUUUUGCAGAAUGUACACCUCGUGGUCCGCUGGCUGCCUUCACUAGAUGCUCUCCUGGAGACAGUGGCAGUGGAUGGACAUCCCCGCUACCGGGUCUUCAUCACCGCAGAGCCAGCACAGAACCCCAAGCAGCAUGUGAUCCCCAGAGGCAUGCUGGAGAACGCCAUCAAAAUUACAAACGAACCCCCGUCUGGCAUGAAUCCCAGUUUACACACUGCCCUCAACAACUUCAACCAGGAUACCUUGGAUAUGUGCUCUAGAGAGCAAGAGUUCAACUCCAUGUUGUUCUCCCUCUGUUUCUUCCAUGCCUGCAUAACAGAGCGCAGAAAAUUUGGCUCGCAAGGGUGGAACCACAACUACCCCUUCAGCACAGGAGACCUCACCAUCUCUGCCCAUAUUUUAUAUAACUACCUGGAGGGCAACUCAAAGUCCAUGCAGGUACCUUGGGAGGACUUGCGCUAUCUGUUCGGAGAGAUUAUGUAUGGAGGGCACAUCACUGAUGUCUGGGACAGAAGACUCUGCAAGACAUAUCUGCAAGAAUUCAUAAAUCCUAAUAUGUUUGAAGCAGAGCUCUUCCUGUGUCCAGGAUUUCUGGCUCCUCCUUUUUUAGACUACGCAGGCUACCAUGUUUAUGUCGAUGAAAACCUCCCCCCGGAGAACCCCGUGUUGUAUGGUCUCCAUCCGAAUGCCGAGCUGGAGUGCCUUACUGCCACCUCAGAAAACAUGUUCAGAUCUCUGUGGGAACUGCAGCAUCAAGACUCAUUCGGAAGAGGCAAAGCCGCUGAGAGCACAGACGAGAAGAUUAUGGCCAUAAUCGAAGACAUCCUGGAGAAGCUUCCUGAGGAAUAUAAUGUUUCAGAGAUGAUGGGAAAGACAACAGAGCGAAGCCCCUAUGUCUUAGUGUGCUUCCAGGAGUGUGAACGCAUGAAUCUUCUGGUAGCAGAAAUAAAGAAGUCCCUCAGUGAGCUGGAUGCUGGCCUGAAGGGAGAACUCACCAUCUCCUCCAGCAUGGAGAGACUACAGUCUGCGUUGUUCAAUGAUUUCGUUCCAGAUUCUUGGACUAGACUGGCUUAUCCCUCAACUAAAACACUUGCACAUUGGUUGAAUGACCUAAUGAGCAGCUGUCAUGAAUUGGACUGUUGGACUCAAGACUUUGUUUUGCCUGCAGUUGUUUGGCUGUCAGGACUCUUCAACCCACAAUCAUUCCUUACUGCUGUACUGCAGAGUAUUGCUCGCAAGAAUCAGUGGCCCCUGGACAAAAUGACUCUAAUUGUUGACGUAACAAAGAAGAUGAAAGAGGACUUUGGGCAUCCUCCAAGAGAGGGAGCGUACAUCCACGGACUCUUUAUGGAAGGGGCUCGUUGGGACAUUGAAUCAGGCAUCAUCUCUGAGGCCUUCCUUGGAGAGCUGACCCCGGCCAUGCCAGUGCUGUAUGUUAGAGCUGUGCCUGCAGAGGAGCAGGAGCUCAGAAACACCUUUGAAUGUCCAGUGUACCGCACAAAGCAGCGCGGCUCCACAUAUGUGUGGGCCUUCCACCUCCGAACCAAAGAGCCCCCACCCCACUGGGUGGUAGCUGGAGUUGCUUUGCUCUUGUCUGUGUGAGAAAGUCAUUAGAUCAGGGGGGAGCAUCUUAAAAAUGUGCUAUUUUUCAUUUUGUUUGUUUUAUAUUUAGUUUUUAACAAAAUGUAUUAUGCAGGCAGUAUUAGUAUCAUGUGUGUGUUUCACUGACACAGCCAUUCACAUUUAGUUUCAUAGUUUUAUUUUGAUAUGUUUUAGGAAUUACAUUGGUUUUAGAUUAGUGUCCAGCCAGUGUUGAACCUGUCGUGUGUGCGUCCACCGCUGCUCCUCAUCUCCCUCGAGUGUGACUGGGAUUUGUCGGGAGCUUAUGUCUCUAUAUUAGACCAUGUAAUUUUGGAUGAGCAGCAUAUUUUAUUAGAAGGUCAAGAUUAAAAAAAGCUCUCUGGCUGCCCUCUGCUAACUGAAUGAUACACAAUGCUGUCUGGAGGGAUCCCAGACCAAAUUCCCAGGAGAUGAUGUGCAUGGCCGCUAUUGACUUUUAAAUGAGGUGCAUUUGACAUUGACCUUUUGUACUGCGGAGGCAAAAUACUAACAGACUAGUGUAAUUCAUUCAGCCGAGCCUGUUGCAAAAACCUAUUGAAAGGAACUGAUAGCUUUGUAUGAGAAAGCAACACAUUAGAUUACCCAUCCUUUAUCUGUCUUCUCCUCUCUGUCUGCAUCUGAUUAACCUACUCAGAACUAAAUAAAACCUUUAAGUUUGAAUCAGUGCAUAGAGAGAAUGAUCUUAUCAAAAAUGUUAUCUUGUUCUUAUCAAAUUAAUUGGGGUUAAUUGAAAAGUGAGAAGAUUUCCAGAUUGUUUUUUUAUGACUUAGAAAUAAAUGCUUAAAACGCUGUUCAUUUCAGAAAAGUCAGAUUUUAGAAUUAUAUACUAGAAUUGUUGUAUAGACCAAAAUUAAUCAUAAAACUAGAAAAUGAACCUCUUGAAGCAGCGGUUCACAUUUAUUCUCUUUGAAUAAACCAUUUGCUAACUUCAUGAUCCUAAUGUCAUCGGGGUUAACAGAGGCCACAUUAUUGAAAAUGUGAUUCAAAUUGCAGCCCUGAGUCACACUGGUGUUUCUUGGGGUGUUGAGGAGGUCAAACCAGCCCUUUUUCUCCAAUAAGAUUUUCUCCAACGAUAAUAACUGUUGUGUUGUUCUUAAUUCCUCCCUGCAGCCUCAGCGGCUCCAGACAGACAAAUGGAGGAUGGAAGAUUGAUUCUGUGUAUUGUAUUCAAGGAGAGGGAAAUGAAGAGCCGGUCUUCCUGCAGAUUCUCCUCAUCUGCCUUCUCUUCCUCUCAUUAGCACGCCGCAGCAGCUAGCCAGUCAUUUGGUGACAAGGAAAUGAUACAGUGCCUGCAGUGUUUGGGAGGAAAUGGCAGGGUGCGAGGCCCCGGCACGGCGGGGGGUCGUGCCAUGGAGAAGUCAUGUUAAAGGCCAAAGAGGACACCUGGUUAAAGUCAGAGAGGGCAUCUGGGUCAUACCUCCGCCCCCGAUCAAAAAAGUAGGAGAUGGAAGUUGUUGUUUUUUUCCUUUUAACUUUUUAUUUUUUUUAGAAACUAAACUUUUAGACUGUUAUCACUUAAAAUAACAGGAUUAACCUAAUUAUUAGUUGACUCGUGAGUUAAAGAAGUUUUGAAAUGAACUGAGAAAUUGUCUGGAAGAGGAUUUUGCAUUUGAACAGUUAUCCUGUGAAUGCAGCUUUCAAAAGCUUUAUCGGAUGGUUCUGACUUUUUCCUUUAAUGUGCUUGUUUGUUCAGCACAGAUUAAUAACAACAAAUGCUGCAUUAAGGCAUAUUCAAAGCUAAUUUUUCUCCUGUCUAAAGAAACCAAGUUAAUUGCAUCAAGUCAUCAAGUUGUUUUAUUAGAUUACCGUCAUAAUCUUGAAGUGUUUUUUUUUUCUUUUGUAUGUCUGAUUAUUUUCUAUGUUCUUUAGCUGUGAUGUAUUCUCCUUAUUGUCUAAAAGAUGUCGUCACUUUGCUUUUUUUUCUCCCUUCUCCUCCCUCAGGUUUCUUAGUGUUAUGUUUGCUGAUGAUUGUUAGCCCUAUUUCUUUUUUUGGUCUUUGUUCCUUUUUUUCCCCCCUCAGUUAAGGUUCCCUGCUAGUGUCCUUUCCAAAGUUGUUGCACCUUUUUCUGAUUAGUCUAUCACUCUGCCUGAGUAAUUAAGCCCAUUGACGUCACCUGUAUUUAGCCAUCACUUUCACCUGUUUCCCUGCUAUUUAGGUUCUUGAUUUGUCUUUGCUCAGUGGUGGAUUCUCUAUCUUUAUGUCCUGUUUCCUUGUGUCCUUGCUCCUUUUCAUGUCACAAUUUCUAAGUUUUAAUUUUUACUAUUAAAUGAUCAAUUAUG